AUGAUUAUUUGUAAAUUAGGUAAUAUUUCGGGACCGAUCGUCAAAAUUUUUUACACUAACCAUAAUGAAAAACACCGUAAAAUGAAAAGGCAAGCCCAAGAGGAGCAACCGAACAGCUCCCUUGUACUACUUUUAACUUUCCCCUACGUCUUGUUGAACCAAAGAAAAUACAGCAGCCAACAAAACCUAAACUUCCACCUUCUUUUGAUCUGAAAAAUGUGGGUGAGAUUAGGUUGGGAAUCAGUAGAAUUGCAAAGUUGUGGGUCAAGAUGUAUGCUCAUACCCUGAAUCCUCUACAUUGCUUCGCACUGAUCUCAGUCCGGCGGACGACACAGUCACAACUACCUCUUCAUUCCAAUAAUACAGCUCAAACUCUCUUGUGCCACUUUAUUUUUGUUCUGUGAACAUGCAACAAUGUGCAGCUGCUCAAUGACAGAAAUAAUUGGUCAAGGUACUUAAUUGAUGAGAAUUUUAUCGUUGGGAUCUAAAUGAUAAAAAAGAUGUCCAACUUUGAAGCUAAGAACUUCUGCAAGGUUUACCUCGCCACACACAGCCUUCACUCCACGCUCAUCCCAGCUACUGCUAUAGUCUGUCCAUUGACGCCUGCAACAGCCACCCUUAGAAAUUGUAAUGGUCAGUGCUGGCAAGUGGACUUGGUCAAAUGUGAUAACAAGAUGUAUUUUCGUAAGGGAUGGAGAAGAUUCAUCGAUGAAAACUCUGUAGUGGAUGGGAAUUUUUUAAUUUUCAAUUAUGUCGGUGGUUGUGUGUUCGAUGUGAAAAUAUAUGAGUUUGAUGCUUGUGAGAAGAGCAUACCUUAUGUGGUGUCGGAAGAUGAAGAAUCAGAGUCAGAAUCAGAAUCAGAAGAUGAUGAUAGUAAUAGCGAUGAUGCUAUGAACGAUGAAGAAGCUGAUUCUAUGGAGGUUGAGGAUGAGGAGAUCCAUCCAGAAGAUUAUGUUCAACAUUUGAAUCCUUAUUUUGUGGCGAAGACCACAAAGUCUUCACAGAGGAUGAACGAACUGUAUAUUCCAACUGGUAUAGCCAAAGAUUUUGGAGUGAGUUUAGAAGACGGGGAGAAAAUUACAUUUGUUGACCCAUACAACCGGAAAAGCAUUGGGAAGGUUGUGAAAUGGAAGGACCAACGAACAUGCAUAAAGGGGUGGAGAAGUGUGUUGAAUCGAAACAAAGUCAAUCUGGAGCGUGACACCUGCAUUUGUGAAUUCCUGCUCGAAAACGGACAACAAGCUGAAAUUGGUGUGCAAACCAAGUCCAUCCAAGUUCAUGUUAUUAGUCGCUGGAAACCUUCCGAGUCGGGGAUAAAGGCUAGCAAGAAGCAAAAGCAAAAGUGAAAACAUAUUUAGACAUGGGUAGAUUUAUUAGGACAUGGUUUGUAGUUGAGGUGUAAAGGUUUAAUGCUUUCGAAAAUGAAUAUUUAGGAUUGCCCUCUCUUUUACUUGCAAUGUUGUUUGGUCAAUUAUUCAGGAUUGUAGCAAUCAUAUCUAUGUAUAUAUACUGUUUCAUUGGAAA